CAUCAAUACCCGCUAGCUCGAUCACAUUUCGCGGACUCUUUUCCCAGUUUCACGCUAUUGGGAUGAGGGUUUUUGUUGGGAAGUGUGGGUCUCAUGAAUCUUCGCGCACAAGUUAAAUCUUGAUUUGUGCAAGGGGUUGGAUUUUGAGCUUGCAUUCUUCGGACCGGCGAUUCUCUACUAUUCUUGUGGUACCGGAGUCUGUAUUCCCUCUUCUUCUUCUUCUUCUUGUUCAUGUUCAUAUUUUAGUUUGGAUUGAUCUAUUGUGUUUCGAAACAAAAUCUGGGGAAAACGGAGAUACAUAAGACCCAUAAGUUUUGAGUGUUCGAGAUUUAAAAAGAGGGCUCCCUUUCAAAUGGGGAAACCUCUGUUUUAUGAGAUAGUGGAGAAGCCAGCUACAAGUUGUGUCAUAGCCAUAUGCAGUGCAAUUUGGUUUUAUAUACAGAAGAAAAACAUUGGGUAUUCUCAUGUGGGAUUGAGCUACGAGACGGCAUUGGAAGGCCAUCACUGGAGGAUAAUAACGUCUGCCUUCUCCCACAUUAGUGUGAUUCAUCUUGUUUUCAACAUGAGUGCCCUUUGGAGCUUGGGUGUCAUUGAGAAGUUAGGGCACUUAGGUCUUGGGAUUCAGUAUUACCUGCAUUAUACUCUGGUCUUGGUCAUUUUGUCAGGUCUACUAGUCUUGGGAAUGUAUCAUGUUCUUAUACAGAGGUUCAAGGUUGAUUAUUUUCGCAGAGUUACUGCUGUGGGGUAUUCAUGUGUGGUCUUUGGGUGGAUGACAAUACUGUCUGUUAAGCAGCCUUCGUCAAAAUUGGAUCUUUUUGGGUUUCUUUCACUUCCAAUAAGUUUCGCACCAUUUGAGUCACUCAUAUUGACCUCAAUCAUUGUUCCCCAAGCCAGUUUCCUCGGGCACUUGUCAGGAAUUGUGGUGGGUUAUUCUAUUUCCUGGGGGUUGGUCCACGGGAUGAACAAUUACUGGGCUAUAUCAAUGCUGGGGUGGAUAAUGGUUGUGUUUGCUUUCAGUUUGAAGAAAUCUGGGACACUUGAUUUCAACUUUCUUGAGGUUGAGACUGUGACUGAUUCUUCAUUACCUCCUCUGCGCUUCCUUGCUGCUGGGAGUGGAAGAACUUUACAAAUGGCUGCAUUACCAGAUGCAGGUCCCAACCUUGUAUAGCAGCUGGUUUUUUCCCCUGGUCCUGAACUCCAUUGUUCUUAAAUGAUGUAAGCACGUUUUGGAUGUCAUGUAUGUUGAAAGGUUUGCAUUUUGAAGUAUGUUUAUUCUCAUAUCAUCAAGCAUUUAGUAACCAUUUUGUUCUCUAGGAAUUUAAGCACCUCAGGUAUGAACACUUCUAGCACUCAGUGUAACUUAAUGAACCAUUAUUUGCUAUGUCGUGUUGUGCUUUAGGUGACCGAAUGACUUGUCUUCUGUGUUUAUAAAGGUUACUUUUUUAA